CUCUUUAGUGUAAACGGAAGAGAACAGUAACCAAGAACAAUUUCCACGUUAGCGUUUUUAUUGUUGUUAUUUAGACCUGUAUUAACACCAUGGAACUCAAAAUAUGAUUAAUACUUUCCCCCAGGUAAUGUUUGAUUCGCGUUGGAAAUAGGACUUGGUUGAUAGAUGUUAUCUAGGUAACGCUAGCUAGUAGCUGUUAACAAUGGCUAACUGUAUGGUUUUUCACACUCAAUUAGCCUCCAUCAUGGAGGUGCUAGCGAAUUCAGCCGUUGCAGAGAUCUGUAAACUCGUAGACGACGAUUAUGCAGUGUUUCGUUUGGAAAUAACUCAAAGCCAGAAAGAAAACAGGGCAUUGCGGAGAAAACUACAGCUACUGGAACUGAAGGUGGCACGCGAGCGCGCAGAGAAGACAAUGCGAGAGCGCGUCCUCGCCAGUCGUCCCAGUAGUGUCAAGAUCCUCGACCGAUACAGAGGAAUGGCAAGAGGUGAAGGACAUCUCACUGGAGGCCACAAGAGCUUUGCGAAGCCAGCAGAACACAACUUGUGGAGAGAUGACCAACCCAUAGCUAUAGAUGAGGGGAGUGGAACCUCAACCCAGCAUGUUAUUGUGAUAGAGUCAGCAGAGGCUGCAGGACCUGGGUUCAAGCAGGAGAAGACUGAAGGAGAGGAGAACUCAAGACACAGCAGAGACAUCCAGACUGGCGCAGCGGCUGGAGUGGCGCUCCCUGUAGCCACGGAGGACCUUGCCACCUCCGUCGCACCGCAGGUCAGGACCCGACGCAGCAUCAUGGAGGAGGAGGAGGAGGGUCCAGAGGUGCUGCUGGUGAAGGAGGAGGGGUAUGAGGAGGGUCUGGGGAACCCAGAGGGGACCAUGUUCAUGGAGGACAACCAGACUACACCACCUCCUGAACCCACAGAGGAACCAGCUGAGCAGCACAGGACCACACACAGUCUCACUUAG